AGGGCAUCCAUCGGUUUCGCUGCCAGCUACUUGUUGAAGCUCAAGGGUACAGCGUACAGUGGACCGAGAUCCUUGAAGCAUCAUGGGCGCGGACGACGCAGCUGCGAAGCGCGCGACAUUCCUCGCAGCGCCACGCGUCCUCAAAUCGUUGCACCUCGGCCGCGACUAUGGCAGUGUCCGCGUGCUCGGGUCGCAGGCCGUCAAUGCCGCGCCACACGGCGUCCUAAGUGGCCUCUGCGUCCACAGCCUCAACCACACGCUCUUGGUCUGCGACGUGACCCAUGCGUGCAUCCGAGUGCUGGACGUGCGCUCCCGCGCCGUGCUCCAUUCGAUCGGCAGCCGCGGCGGCAACCCCGGAAAAUUCAUCGAGCCCGUCGGUAUUGCGUUCAAUGCGUUAAACGGCCACUUUGCGGUCUCAGAUGCCAAGCUCAACCGGAUUCAAGUGUUCUCCGUGCAGUACGAGCUACUCGGGCACUUUGGAAAGCCCGGCGCCCAGGCCGACGAGUUUCAGGCCGUGGCGGGGCUAACUUAUACGCCCGAUGGGCACCACUUGGUCAUUGCAGACAGAGGCAACCACCGCGUCAAGAUCGUGACACCGCAAGGUGGUUUCGUGCGGACCAUUGGCGGGUUUGGUGACGAGAGCCACCAGUUCAACGUACGUCCCACUCUGGUCCAUGGAGCCAGUGGCAGAUCACCGUGCGACGUGGCAGUCAACAGGCGCGGUGAGCUCUUUGUCGCCGACCGCGAGAACAAUCGGGUCAGCGUCUUCUCGCCCCUCGGCGAGUUCAUCCUCUACUGGCUCGUCCCGAGCCCGCACAGCGUCGGCAUUGCGACAGAGGAUGCAGCCAGUGGCGACGCGGGCGACAUUGUGGUCUGCGAUGCGCAGCACCUGCGGGUGUUUUCGCAGACGGGGCUGCUCGCUCUCCAAGUGCCACUGGUGGACACGACGGGUGUCGUGUACACCCAGAAACGCUUUCUUCUCACCCAAUUGCCAUCACUCGUGACAUUCUGUGCACCCUACACGAGCGUGGCCGCCGGCGCGCUCAUCAUUUUGCCUGUCGCCGCGUUCGAGAUGGUCUUGCGUUAUCUCUCGUACCAGGAUGCGAUUCCGCUGCGUCAGACCAACCGGUUCUUCCAUCGUACAUGCAAACAUCUCCGCGACACGUGGCAACUCUUCCCGCUCACAAUCGGCGAAUCGCCGCGGCGCCACUGCGGCGUUCUUGUCGCAAAAGCCUCUGGCCUCAAAGCCAUCCAUGUCCUCUACGCAAAGUGGGGCGAGCAGUCGUACGCGGCCAUUCCCCGGCCCGAUAUGCACGGGCUCCACUUCGCGUCGUCGUUCCAAAGCGCAAUCUGCGAACACUUUGGCCCGAUGUUUUGGUUUCAGCACGAGCCGUCGCUACUCAUCAUCUUUCAGUUCUACGCCGACGCGGACAAAGUGCUUCGGCGCAAGGGCUUUCUCGAGCUCGUCACCGUGCUCACCGAGAUCCAGGCCAAUGUCCUCGAGUGGCACCACUGCCGCGCGUUUGCAGACGCCCGUCGGUCUGUGCCAUUGCGACGAAAACAAUCUGUCUCGGGACUCGAGCGACUUGAAGCGGCGCAGAAUUACCAGCUCGAUACGCUCGUGUCGAAGCUACGAUCAAUGGUUUAGUGCGCUGAAUUGGCAAGCGAAUAGACAUAUCGACCGUGGCGUCGACGGCGCGUUGAGACACCAUGUACUCUCAACACUGAUACAGUACAGUGUGGCGACAAGUACAUCCUAUUUUGCUUGCAGA